AUGAGUUUUUAUGGAUUUUGGAAUGAGAACAGUGACCUUAACAAACUCCCGCAAUACUAUGCAGUUAACACCAUCAGUUAUAUUAACAUAGCAACAUUACUUCUUCCUGAACUCCAGAAGACUAAUGGAAGUAUUGUAGUGGUGUCAUCAUUUGUAGGUGUUGUUCCUGUGCCAAGAACUGCGCCAUACUGUGGUAAUAAGCAUGCUCUACAUGGAUUUUUUGACACAUUGAGGCAGGAUUUAGCAAUUCAAGGACGCCAAGGCAUCGCUAUAACCUUAUAUGUCCUUGGAUAUAUAGAAACAGCAAAUGCUCGUAAGGGCUCAGAAGGUACUCCAGUUUAUGACAGUGUUAAACGUGAGCCUGUUGAUGAAUGUGCUCUUGCUAUGAUCAAGGGAAUUGCUCUCAGAAAGCGGCAGAUGUAUUUUCCCUGGUACCUUAGCAUUGUAGAAACAGUACAUUUCUUUUUUCCAGACUUUGUAGAAAGUGUAAUCCAAGUAGCAACUAAUGAAAAACCAGUCCAGGACAUGUGGACUUGGUAGAAAGUAGUUUGUAAAAUCACUGAUGACAGUAAGCAGCACUGCAUGGAUUGAGUUAUCUGUGGUGUAUGAAAACAUUUUUCAGUUAAGAAAAUGAGUGUUUAGACCUAUCACAGACAAGAGUCGAAAAAAAUUUCCUUACGUGAAUAAAUUAAAUAAGUAGUGAAACUGCAACUUUUGUGAUAUUCUAUUGAAAUUUUGAGACCCUUAAUUUUUUUAUCAGCCUUUUAUUAUCCUGCGAGUAGAGGUUUCUCUCUUGCAUGGCUUUUAGCAUUUAGGAAGUCAUUCGCAUGGCUUGUCUGUCGCGUGGUUGGUUUGUUUAUUUGUCUGGAACUACAGAAUCGUCAAAGGUCUAGCCUACAUGGCAGACAUCAGGCUAUCGAAGGCCAAGGUCAGGAGCACAUCAGUCAAAAAUGGCGUGCACUAUGUUGAAGCUCAUUAUUCUUCAGUGUUUUUGCAGCUUCUCCAGCAGCUCUGAUUGCCUGGUUUGUAUGAGAAAGGUUUGA